AUGAACAACACAACCUUGAAACAUCAAACUCAUCAUCAACAUCAUGAUCAAUAUGCGGACGACGACAACAGCGGCGGAGGCGAUGAUGACGAUGAUGAUGGUGGUGGUGACGAUGGACAGGAAAAAGUUAAAGCAUUAAAGGAAUUUGAAGAGAAUUUACAGGAAUUAGAAGAUGAAGAAGACAAAGUUGAAGUUGAAGAAGAAGAACAAAUGGUAGAUGAAGAAGAAGCAUAUUUAGUUGAAAAUAAAAUUUAUAAAAUAAAUGAAAUUUUUGAAGAAAUUAUUAAUGAUGAUGAUACCGAUUUCACAGAAACCACCAACAACAACAACACUACUGAUUCACUUUCCACUACCAAGCCACAGUUUUCUUCAUUAACUUUGAAUUCUAAAAAAACUUCUAAAUCGAAUGUUCAAAUUAAUGAAACCAAUAAUAAUAAAAGUAAUACUAGUAAUUUAAAACAAAAAAUUACUACUCGUAGUAGUAAUAGUAAUAAUUUAAUACAAUUUAUACCACAAAUCCAACAAACAAAUGAUGAUGAUAACGAUAAUGAACAUGAAGAUGAAGUAGAAGUUGAAGAAACCAUUAAAAUGAAACAUAAUUUUAAUUUCAAUUUAAAACUACAAAACCAACAACAACAUAAUAAUAACAAUAUGUUUUUGAAAAAUAACUUUAAUUUUAGUAAUAAUAUUAAUAAUAAUACAAUUAAUAGUAAUAAGAAGUUGUUUAAUUAUAAUGAUAAUAAAAAUAAUCAUAAUUAUUUAAAUAAUAGCAUUAAGACUAGUAUUAAUAAAAAUGUAAAUUUUUUAAAUAUUACUACAACAAAUUGCAGUAAAAACAAAAAACAACAACCGACAAUUUCUAUUAUUACUAAAAAAACAAAUAAUAACAAUAACAAUAUUUCUAUAACAGCUACUACAACAACUACUACUAAUACAAAUAAUAAUAAUAUAAUUACAACAACAACUACUCCUUUAAUUAAUCGUAAUCAUAAUAAUAAUAAACAAAAUCAUAUUAAACAAAAUAUUAACUUUAAUAAUAAUAUUCAUAAAAGAAAUGUUAAUAAUCAUAAUAAUAAUAAUACAAAUACAAUAUCAAAAAAAUUAAAUAAUCUUGCUUCUCUUAUUAUUCCUAAUAUUAUAAAAAAUACAACAUUAACAACAAAACCCAGAAAAUUUACAUGCAAUUCAACAUCACCAUCAUUGUCAUCCUCCACAUCUUUAACAAGAACUCAUCAUCAGCAGCGACAUCUACCAAAUUUAUCAUGCAAAAAGAAAAUACGUAAAAACCGUUUCGUUUCGACUUCUUUAAAGAAUAAUUAUAAUAAUAAUAAUAAAAACACUUUUCUACAUUUCGAAAAUAAUUAA